GUAUGAAUGAGUGCUUCUCAACCUCCCAUCUCCCGUGAUUCCAUCACGCGUUAACAGUCAUUCUCUCUCCAAAUUUGGUACUUACAAAUCUCCAUUUCCCAACAAUGCCGCACUGAGAAAUUGAGUUUGUUACGAAAACUUUUAGAAAUCUCCCUCAUUCACUCUCUUUCCUUUUAGUUUUUCUUUGUUUCCUUCUUUCUUUUUUUUCCAAUUUUCCCCAAAUCUGGGUCUCCGUUCACCCUCUCCCAAUUUUAACAAAAACACCCCUAUAUUUCUCUCUCACUCCGAACAAGAAGAGCAAAAACAAGAAAAAGAAAUCAUGGGUUUCAAAUCCCUUUUCCACCGUAAAAAGAAAACCGAUUCCCCCAACAAUCUUUCUCUCAAUUCAUCGACGACAACAACGACGACAACAACCACAACUACAACUACAAAUUCAAACACGAACUCAGGAUCGCUAGACAUACCGACCCAGAUGGCGGAACUCGAACAAGUGUUCAAGAAAUUCGAUGUCAAUGGAGACGGCAAGAUCUCGGCCUCUGAAUUGGGAUCCAUCAUGGGAAGCUUAGGCCACCCAGCCACAGAGGAAGAGCUCCAAAAGAUGAUUGUCGAGGUGGACGCUGACGGUGAUGGGUUUAUUGACUUGAACGAGUUCGUGGAACUGAACACGAAGGGCGUGGAUUCCGACGAGGCCAUGGAGAAUCUGAAAGACGCGUUUUCGGUUUACGACAUGGAUGGAAAUGGAGUCAUAUCGGCGGACGAGUUGCAGAAAGUGAUGAGGAGUUUGGGGGAUGAGUGCUCACUGGCCGAGUGCAAGAAGAUGAUCAGCGGUGUCGAUAGAAACGGAGAUGGGUUGAUCAGUUUCGAUGAGUUUAAGGUCAUGAUGAUGAUGGGUUCUCGCCAAGACUUGAUGGAACCUCCACCUCCCAGACAAGUUACUGUUUAAUAUUUCUGAUUUUUUUUUUUGGUUUGUUUUUCCUCUUCUUGAUUUACUAAUCUAAAUCUAAUCUGGGUUUUUCUCAAAAGAAAAAAGAGAAAAAUCUAAUCUGGGUUGUUUUGCUUUUACGUUUGGUUGGUUGGAGAUUUAUAUUUGGUAGGUGAUUGUUGGUGAGAUCUGUGAAUAUUUUGAGAUCCACUGUCUAAUUUUUAAUGCCAUUUAUUGCCUUUCCUUU